AUGUGGUCUUCCAAUUUCAUCGUAUUAGUGAUUCUUAGUCUGCGAAGAAUAGAUGCACUUUUCUGUUAUCAAUGUUCAAUGAACUAUACAAACGAAGAGUGUAAUUCGAAAAAUUCAACUUAUGCUACCGAAUGUCAACCAGCAUUUGAUACUUGCUUAACAAUCGUACUUAAGCCCGCGAUUCUUAAUCAAUUAUUAAUUACAAAAUAUUGUACCAAACGUAGUGCAUGCGAACGGCAACUAAAUUACACCCAAUCUUUAGUGCCGUGUCAACCGAAUAAUGAAGGCCGUAGUUGGGGAUGUGUAACCUGUUGUGGCGAUCGAGACUUAUGUAAUUCUGACCAGUCGAAUGCACUCACACCGAACUGGACGACAGUUUUAUUAUUACUAUUAGUGAUUCAGCAGUUUGGUUUGAGAAGAUUCGUAUCGAACGGUGACGAUACAUGUGGAAUAUUUUCAUAG